UCUAUAACACAGUUACAGUGCUAUUGUACUGUAUAGUGCUCUAAACCGCAGCGUUCAGUUCAGUUUUACUGCGGAACCUCUGAAGAGGCAGUUCAGCCGGACUGUGGAGUAAAGGCGCUUCUCCGCGGACUGAGAGCUGCUGCUGCUGAGUUUCCUCGCGCCUGUCUGCAGCAGCUCGGCCGGACCUCGCGUGUGAGUUGAACACGGAGGGUGUUCUGAUCUUCCCGGCGCUCGUGCACUGCGUCGUCUCCCGCUGUGAGUGCUGGGGACUGCUGCGCUCUGACCGGGAGCACCGCGAACCGGGAGUCUGUUGUCAUGGCUACUGAGGACGCCAUCUCCGUGAGCUCUGUGUGAACCAAAUUAAAAUAUUCUCCUGAAAUUCAUCACCAACAACCAGGAUAUUUAACUAAGAGCAAUGUGAAACUGCUGAAAGAGGUGAAGCAAAAGCCGUCCAGAAGAAUCUCCAGAACACACAGAAACAGUUUGCUACAUUUAACAGACAAUUGAAGCCAAGUCCCGACAUGGAGAAACAUCAGCACUCUGUCAAGAGUUUUACUAAACAGAGUGAUCUCAAAAAACACCAGCGCAUUCACACAGGAGAGAAACUGUAUCACUGCUCAGACUGUGGGAAGAGUUUUACUCAACAGAGUCAUCUCAAACUGCACCAGCGCAUUCACACAGGAGAGAAACCGUAUCACUGCUCAGACUGUGGGAAGAGUUUUAAUCAUCAGAGUAAUCUCAAAAAUCACCAGCGCAUUCACACAGGAGAGAAACCGUAUCACUGCUCAGACUGUGGGAAGAGUUUUAAUCAUCAGAGUAAUCUCAAACUGCACCAGCGCAUUCACACAGGAGAGAAACCGUAUCACUGCUCAGACUGUGGAAAGAGAUUUACUACACAGAGUCAUCUCAAAAUUCACCAGCACAUUCACACAGGAGAGAAACCAUAUUGCUGCUCAGACUGUGGAAAGAGUUUUAAUCAACAGAAUCAUCUCAAAAAUCACCAGCGCAUUCACACAGGAGAGAAACUGUAUCACUGCUCAGACUGUGGGAAGAGUUUUACUACACAGAGUAAUCUCAAAAAUCACCAGCGCAUUCACACAGGAGAGAAACCGUAUUACUGCUCAGACUGUGGGAAGAGUUUUACUGAACAGAGUAGUUUCAAAAAACACCAGCGCAUUCACACAGGAGAGAAACCGAAUUACUGCUCAGACUGUGGGAAGAGUUUUACUCUACAGAGUACUCUCCAAAUACACCAGCGCAUUCACACAGGAGAGAAACCGUAUUACUGCUCAGACUGUGGGAAGAGUUUUACUCAACAGAGUACUCUUCAAAUACACCAGCGCAUUCACACAGGAGAGAAACCGUAUCACUGCUCAGACUGUUGGAAGAGUUUUACUCAACAGAGUAAUCUUCGAAAACACCAGCGCAUUCACACAGGAGAGAAACCGUUUUAUUGCUCAGAUUGUGGGAAGAGUUUUACUCAACAGAGUAAACUCAAAAAACACCAGCGCAUUCACACAGGAGAGAAAACUCCAUCUUAGUUCAGUUUGAAGGCAAUUAAAAGUGCAAAUCGUAAGUCUUUUCCACUACCACUAGGCCCAUCUGCAUGAAAGAAGAAGUGAAAACACCAGCUGAGGAACUCCAGAGUGUGUUCCCAAAAGUGAGACCCAGAGCCACAGAGAGAGACGACACUGUUCCGGAUACUGCCGUGUGGACUGGAGGAGCAUCCAGACCCGCAGAGAGUCUAACAAAAUCCUUUCCAGAGGUUAAAUAAAACGCUCCAGCCGUAGUUCCCAUACUGAAAUCAACCCCCUCCAGACUUGUGUAGCGCAGUAAGGUUGCAGGCUCAUUCAUUCCCUCUGAUGGUGUUCUCAUUUGUCUAUGGUUCGUUCUGAUUAAAAUCUGUAACCAUAGAGGGAUAUAGAUGGAUAUUUGGUUGUUGUAUUACUCAAGUUUUAUACUCUCUUAUCUUCUCCUUAUUGAAUAUUAUAUGUUGCUUAAGGUUUUUUGAUCUCCAAAAUUUACUAAGAAUAUCCAAAUCAUGUAGUUUCUUAAUUGUUUUUAUCCACUACAAACUAUUAUCUUUGUAUUGCUUCACCUCUAUAUUUACUCAUCUGUGUGUUUUAUUAAACUACUUUUAUAUUGCAGAUCUGCAAUCUCAUUGUGUUUUCUCAACAUAUGUUGGACAUGAAACCUAUAGGCCUGAGAUUGUCUCAUGUUAUUAUUUGUUAAAUACUCAAAGGUGCCCAACAGAGAAAGCCAGUGUAAAAUGGAUUUGUGUUGAAGUGUAACAAUAGUCAAUUUAAGAUUGAAAUUCGGAAAAAUAUGUUUUUUGUUAUUGGUUCAGGCUUAAAAGGGUUAAAUAUACAAUUACUUCCAAAGGUAGAGUAACAUGGGUUUAACUUGUAUUCAUAUGUUUAUAAAGUUCUUUAUUGUGA